CAUAUGUAUUUUCGAAUCCACACUAACUGUGUAAAUGGUUUAGUCCUAGGUCUAGGAUGGCCGCUGCUGUGGGUGUAAACAAGCAGGGGACCGCAGCAACGAUGGAUGUCUGUGUUCGGCACGUCAGGGGGGCCACAAGCAGCACCGUGAAGGUGUUGGAGUGUGGGGUGUGUGAAGAUGUCUUCUCUCUCCAGGGGGACAAGGUCCCCCGGCUGCUGCUCUGUGGUCACACAGUCUGUCAUGACUGUCUGACCCGGCUGCCCCUGCAUGGUAGAGCCAUCCGCUGCCCCUUCGACAGACAGGUCACAGAGCUGGGGGACUCUGGUGUGUGGGGUCUGAAGAAGAACUUUGCCCUGCUGGAGCUUCUGGAGAGGCUGCAGAAUGGAGCGUCCAGCCAGUUGAGCAUGGCAGAAGAUGCCCUAACAGGCAUGGGAGAGUCAAUAAUCCGCUGUGACGAGGACGAGAGCCACACGGCGUCUAUGUACUGCACGGUGUGUGCCACCCACCUGUGUGCCGACUGCUCCCAGCUCACCCACUCCACCCGCACCCUGGCCAAGCACCGGCAGGUACCCCUGGCAGACAAGCCCCACGAGAAGACACUAUGCCCGCAGCACCAGGUCCACGCCAUCGAGUUCGUCUGUCAGGAGGAGCUCUGCCAGCCUGGGCCGCUCAUGUGCUGCGUGUGCAAAGAGUACGGCAAGCACCAGGGACACAAGCAUGCAGUUCUGGAGGCAGAAGCCAAUCAGAUCCGUGCGUCUAUCCUGGACAUGGCCCACUGUAUCCGGACGUUCACAGAGGAGGUGUCGGAAUAUUCCAGGAAGCUGGUUGGGAUCGUACAGCAGAUUGAGGGAGGAGAACGGAUAGUGGAGGAUGGCAUCGGCAUGGCACACACCGAGCAUGUCCCAGGCACGGCAGAGAGCGCGCGGUCCUGCGUACGGGCCUACUUCGCCGACCUCCACGAGACGCUGUGCAGACAGGAGGAGAUGGCGCUCAGUGUAGUGGACGCACAUGUCAGGGAAAGGCUCAUUUGGCUCCGGCAACAGCAGGAAGACAUGACCAUCCUACUGUCCCAGGUCUCCACAGCCUGCCUGCACUGCGAGAAGACACUGCAGCAGGAUGACUGCAGAGUGGUCCUGGCCAAGCAGGAGAUCAACAGACUGUUGGAGACUCUGCAGAAACAGCAGCAGCAGUUCACUGAGCUGGCCGACCACAUCCAGCUUGACGCCGGUAUCCCUGUCACCUUCACCAAGACUACAUUGUUUUCUCUGUUCCAGGACAACCGGGUCCACAUCGGCCCUAAGAUGGAGAUCCGGGUGGUGACCCUGGGACUGGAUAGUGCAGGGAAAACCACCAUCCUCUUCAAGCUGAAACAGGACGAGUUUAUGCAGCCCAUCCCUACCAUAGGUUUUAAUGUGGAGACAGUGGAGUAUAAGAACCUCAAGUUCACCAUCUGGGACGUUGGUGGGAAACAUAAGCUACGGCCUCUAUGGAAGCACUAUUACCUGAACACACAAGCGGUGGUGUUUGUGAUUGACAGCUGUCACAGGGAUAGGCUGAUGGAGGCCCACAGUGAACUGGCCAAACUUCUGACAGAGAAGGAGCUGAGAGACGCCCUGCUGCUCAUCUUCGCCAACAAACAGGAUGUCCCUGGGGCUGUGUCGGUGGAGGAGAUGACGGAGCUGCUGAGUCUCCAUAAGCUGUGCUGUGGUAGGAGCUGGCACAUCCAGGGAUGUGACGCCCGCAGUGGCAUGGGGCUCCACGAGGGCCUGGACUGGCUGUCCCGACAGCUGGUGGCUGCAGGUGUACUGGAUGUGGCCUAGACCUUCCCUUGCUGCAGGUGUACUGGACGUGGCCUAGACCUCCCCUUGCUGCAGGUGUACUGGACGUGGCCUAGACCUCCCCUUGCUGCAGGUGUACUGGACGUGGCCUAGACCUCCCCUUGCUGCAGGUGUACUGGACGUGGCCUAGACCUCCCCUUGCUGCAGGUGUACUGGACGUGGCCUAGACCUCCCCUGAUGACUGACUUCUGUUACCAAGUAAAACCCCUUACCAUAGAUCCCAGAACGAUCUUAUUAAACCACCCACACCCUAAAAACAUGUCCACCAUAGACCUGCACCAGUCACAUCUACAUAAACCUUUUACCUGAUGAUUGGCUUAUGGUAGACCCAGUCCAACCCAUACCCUAAAGACCAGUCCUACCAAAGUCUCAUCCCAUACCUUUCAGUUCUACCCUACAUCCCAUACAUUUCACCCCAUACCAAGGCCCUAGCCCUACAUCCCAUACUAACGCCCUAGCUCUACAUUUCAACCCAUACUAAGGCCCUAGCCCUACAUUUCACCCCAUACUAAGGCCCUAGUCUUUCACCCCAUACCAAGGCCCUAGUCUAAGGCCUUAGCCCUACAUCCUAUAGCCGUUCUACCCUUCUCACCCCUAACCUGCAGAUAAGCUUCUUACCCACAGCCAGUGAAUCCAUCAUUAGUCGUAAUGCUUUGUACUCUGGUCUAUCCUGGGUAUGCUAACAGGGCCAGGUUAUAGGGAUUCCCUCAAGCUUACUAAACUAACCUGCUUAUAAGACUACACAUUCCCAUAUUGCCUCAAUGCAGAUCAGAUGAGAUUCAGUUCAUGGCGAAACUCCAUGUUGUAGAUUUUCUUCAUUGGUACCAAUGCACUUGACUUGUGAUGAUUUCAUGUAAUGCAGCAUCAGGUCUUGAAAUGACACCGGUAGUGGGCUGAGUUCAGCUAUUAUUGACAUUGGUUAAAUUGUGCAGUUGAGUGAAAAAGCUAUUUAUGUUGGGUGGGUAGGGGAUAUUGUAGUAGCUGUGGUGGGAAAUAUCUAAAGUGUUAUAUGAAAUCUUUCUCCCACCUGUUUUGUGGAGUGUGUUGCAUGCACUUUUCUGCAGCUUCAGUACAUCUGGGUUGUGCUCAUGAGGGUGCAACGGUUGACUCAUGUUGCAGAUGUAUAGACUAGACAUGAUUCCUUCAUCUAAUUGACAGGAUGAUCUACACACUAUAUUUCUGAACCUUCCAGAAUGUUGUGCCCUACUGGCUUAUUUUGAAACCAGGACCCCUGGUUUGAAUUUUUUCAUCACAACCUGCGAUGGUCUUCUGUUUUAGCCCAUCUGUCUGGAGUGCUGAUUGUUACAUUCUACAUUAAUGUUACCCACAUGUAGAUGUGAAACUUAGUCGAAACAUUAACCAAACACCUUUCAACUCCUGUUAUUGUAUGGAGGAACCAUCCUUUGGUUUGAAUUCACUUUCCUCAUUGCUAUGUAAUGUUACAAAUUCUAUGUAGGAAUAAAAUGCAUGUGUGAAGAGCCCUCUGUUAAAGCAUCUCACAUUCUGACAGGAGUUUUUGAAACAUUUUGAAGCACAUUGCACAUCCACAUGUUACUCGUGGAUUUGAUCUGGCUUUUGUAAAUCGCGAUUAAAUAAACUGUCUGGAUGUUG